UAUCUGAUCAACCUGACGAGGCACAUUGUCCGCGAGAGGAAGGCCGAGUGUGAACAGGGCAAAACUACUAGUAGUAGUGCUGAAGCUAAAAAGCGAACAGAUUUAGUGCAGCUGCUGGUUGACGCCAAAGCCGACGAGGCUGAGGUGUUUGCUGCAUCGGACAAGUGCUCGUCCUAUGAGCACCUCGAGGCGGCCAAUGAGGACAGUGAAAAGGCGAGAAAAACUCCUGACCCACCUCCAAACUCCUCUGUAUCACUAACCGGCCUUUCAGAAACGGAAAUCAUUGCUCAGGGAAUCUUUUUCCUGACUGCCGGCUUUGAGACUAGCAGCAGCACACUGGUGCACGCGCUCUAUGAACUGGCCCGCAAUUCUUCUGCUCAGGCUCGACUGUACGACGAGCUGAAGGUCGUUCUCGAAUCACUAUCGUCAAGUAGUCGUACAUCAGCGGAGUACUUUGAGGCGGUGCUCAGCCGUUUGCCUUAUCUGGAGGCAGUUCUCAAGGAGACCCUGCGGAAGUACGCCCCCGUCCAGGUCCUCCUGCGGACCACCGUCACCGACGGUCACCGGCUGGAGAACGGGCUACGCCUUGAGCGGGGCCAGGUGAUUGAGAUUCCAGUAGGGGCGGUGCACUACUCUCCGGAGUACUACCCGGAACCACAGGAGUUCCGACCGGAGCGGUUUUUGCCGGAAAACGCCCACCUUCUGGUUCCAUACACUUGGCUGCCCUUCGGCGCAGGAGCGCGCAACUGUGUGGGAAUUCGCUUUGCUAUGGAGGAAAUGAAGAUCUGUUUAGCUGCUUUACUGGAGAACUUUGAGUUUGCCCCUGCCCCCAACACUCCUAAUGAGCUUGUUUUUCAGCGAGGCACUCCAGUGCUUAAUUCUGCCGAGUUUCCGCUCAGAAUGAGCAAGAGGAGCCAUUAA